GAAACUCCCGCCCCUUCCCCGUCAAUGGGUGCCCGUGGCCGAGGCACAAGCUUUGCAACCAUCCAGCCCAUCCGAAAGUCCCCUCGGUCUCAUUCGACCAACGACUGGCGUGGGACAAAACAAAACAUUGACAGCUCCGUUCGGACUAUCUGGUGCAGCAAUUCAGUGGGUGCCACACUACCCUUCUGGGCCACGGGCGUUUAGCCCAUAGGCUAGGUCCUGGGCCUCCCACUUGGACUUGCAUAAGUGCGGCCUGUCGAUCGUGUCCAGUGGUGUGAAUCAUAU